GCUGUUCUUACUGUUGUAGAACGAAAUCAGUCCUGAUCGAAACGCGGUUUGUACAACACGAAAUAUAAACACAGAAACGAACGAUCACUAAAAAUUCUCGAGUAAUUUUCAUUUUUAGCGUUUAUGUGAUAUAAAAUUUUAAUAUUUUAAUAAUAAAUAGUGUGUAAAAAAUCAAACUUGUGCGUGAAGCCUUGAAAAAAAUAAACGAACACGAUUCAACUAUUUCGCUGAGGACUAAAAUAAUAGAAAGGAAUGAGAAUCUGAUCGAAUUUAAAUGUGCAUUUCCUUUGUAUCGAUAUAAUUCGAUAUAAUUGUGUUGAUGACUUAUAUCAAACGAAAAGACAAGCGACGAAUAUUAUCUCGGUGAUCUUCAUCGCGUUACAAAUACAUUUUUCGCGAGUCUAACAAUUAUAUCUCGAAGAGCUGCGGAGUGGACUGAAUUUUUUACGAUUAAAGUGAUAUCUUUUCGCGAGGUGGACAUUUUUGUAUUCACAAAAGAAGUAUGCCUAUAAAAUUCAAGAUUUCCGCACCGGGCAGGAUUUACAUGUGCGGAGAGCACAUGGUCAUGUACGGAAAACACGCUUUGUCGACCAGCCUAAAUCUCCGCAGCACCGUAGAAUUUUGCGAGAUAGUUAAUUCAACGAUUCGGAUAAAUUUCCCUGCCAUCGAUUUAUUGUUGGACGUGCCUGUGCAAUUGAUCAACAAGUUCAUCUCCAGCGAAAAUUAUCGAUAUUUGGUCGACGACAAUAUCCUGUUCCUCAGACACGUGCAAUACUUCAUCACCGUAAACGGUAUGUGGAAAACGUACGACCAGAGAUUUAGUCUACAGACCUUCUUCUUUCUGUUCUUGUUCAUAUCUUAUCACGAGAAGAUCGAGAUAACGGCUUUUAACAUGCUGUUGACCACGCAAUUACCUGUCGGCAAGGGCCUCGGCAGUUCGUCCUCGUUCGCGGUUUGCCUCGCGGCCUGUUUCCUACAUUGGGGACGAUUACAGAAGGGCCGUCACGAGGGCUUCACUAAUCAAGAGCUGGACAUGAUCUCGGAGUGGGCCAUGUUUUCAGAGGAAGUUAUACAGAACUAUGUGUUUGAGACUGACCACGACGUGUGCACGCACGGUCACAUGACGUUGUUUCGAUACAAGGAACUAGUGGACUCUCCCAUUCGCUUUUUACACAUGUCAGAAAUGAGCAUUUUACUCAUCGAUUCGAAAUUUUAUAACGAUAAGCAAGAGCAGAUGAAAAAAUUGGCCGUAAUGAAACGCACACACAGAAACGGCGUUAACGUAAUAUUGAACAAGAUCGAUAAUGUAUCGCGGGAAGUUUAUAUAACAUUAUCUAAAAUUAAGGCUAGCCAGAGGUCCAAUAAUGUACAACUAGUACAGGAAUUAUAUAAAACGCUGCAGAACAACAUUACAUUGAAUCAAGAUAUGCUAAAAAACUUAAAUUUGUCGCAUCCGAAUUUGGAAAGAAUUUUCGACAUCGCGACACGCUAUGGUUUCGCAGGGAAACUCACGGGUUUUGUAAGUGCAUAUGCAUAUAUUCUGUUGCCGCCGAAUACUUUAAAAGAACACUUUGAUACACUUUGUGAUCAAUUACAUAUAGAAGGUUUUUAUCCCAUAGUAUCCAAUAUAAAUAGUCGUGGGGUGACAAUUGAAAAUUAGUAGAAUUUAAGAUUUAUAUAUUAAAAAUUGUGUAUUAUAAGUAGUUAGAAAUAACAUGUGAGUAAUUACGUGCGAAUAAUAUAGUAAGCUUGCGAAUUUAAUUAUAAUUGUGUCAUAAAUGGGAAAGACCGAACAAUUUACAGUAUAUACUAUAUUUUGUUACUUGAGAGUUUUUCCCUUUUUAGUGAUAUCUCUUUCAUUAAUUGAAUUAUGAAGUUAUAAGCAAGGAAUGAUCGUGAAUAUUUUUGUGUAUAAAAUUAAUUGUUUCAUAUGUCAUCCCAUUUGGAAUCGAUAAUACAGAUUGAUUAAAAAAUACGACCGAUGAUUUUCUUUCGAUGGAUUAAUAAAAGCUUUACUAUAUUUUACUCACUUCUUACAUAAUUUUUCAAAGAUGUAAAGCACAUGCAGAUAUUAUUAUCCUGUAAGAAUGCAAAAAGAUGAUUUUUGUAAAUAGGUAUAUUUUAACAAUUGUAAGUAUAUAAUGAGGCGUAUAAGAAAAUCUAUUUAUUUCGAUAUACUUUGCAAGGAAACAUUUUUUCUCGCUUAUAAAGUUAUCAUUCAAUGACUGCAGUGAAGAAAGUGAAAUUUUACUAAAAAUAAUAUAAUAAAGGGCAUAUCCGUUGCAUAAAUGAAUAAGAAAUGAAUUUUAAUCUAUAAAUAUUAUAGAUUAUUAUAGAUAUUAGCGUUAUACAGAAAUGGCAAAAGAGAAAUAAUAAGUAUUUUAUUUUUUUUUUAUUUUAUCGAAUUUUGUAGACUAAAAUAUUUUGUCAUUUGUAAGAAAUAUUCGUAUAAAAAGUAUCAUCAUCCUACCUCGAAUUUUGACUCUCGAACUGAAAUUGAUGUACCUUACUUAUUGUAUAGUCGAAUCAAGUUUUUUACAAUCGAUCUAGAAAAUAAUAAGGGCAGCGUGUCUAUCGUCCGUGUCAAAAUUAUAUACUUGAAUUAUAUUUAAUAAUAUAAUUCGAUGUACGAAUAUUGUGGUUUAUAUCUCAAUGAUAAAAUAAUUUGCGUCAAAGUAUAUAUUCUUCUGCAUUUGUUGCAUCAAAUAUUACACUCGCAUAUUUAUACAGAAAAUGUAAGCGUACUUUUGUAUGUACAUAUACUCUGAAACGUCAAUAUGUAAAUAUCAUUAUGUUGUCAAUGCAAAUAAGAUGAUAAUUUAUUUGACUAUUAUAUAUUAUACUGUAUAUAUUAUAUAAUAUAUAAUAUGAUA